GGCGCGCACUCCACCUCUGCACAGCGCAGCGGCGGCAGCAGCAGAACCCAGAGCCGGGGAGCAGCCUGCGGCAGCACACGGUCUCCCGGGGACAUUGGCACUGUCACGUCAGGCGGAUAUUCGGCUUUCGCGGGAAUUAGAAGAGCGUUCGGUCGGUUGUGUUUUUUUUAUUUUAUUUUUUGGAGGUGGUGUGUUGUUUUUUUAAGGAGGGACAGCGUUUUCGUGUUGCCAGGGGAAGAGAAAGUCCAAGCAGCCAUGAGGGGUCAUUCAGCAUCUGCCGCGUCACUACAAAGCCACUUCUGACCAACUCUUAUUUAGCAAUCCAAAGAUGUCAGCGUGCAGCGACUUUGCAGAACACGUGUGGAAACCCGGCUCUUGCAAGAACUGCUUCCACCCGCUCAGUGCACACCACAAGACUGUCGGCGGCCUGGAUGGCAAUGUGCAAGCCGCUUGUUUGAAGAGCAUCCUGGGAGGUGAUGAGGACUCUGGACUAACAGCGCCUUCGCCCUACAGCAAGCCAACCAUCGCUGUCAAACCCACCAUGAUGAACGAGUCCAUGGCUGACGUCAACAUGAACAUAGAGCAGGAGAACAUGAAGAGCCCAGUUGAGGGUAUGGGCUUGAAGAAGCUGUUGGACCUGUCGUCUCUUUACAUUGACAGUAACGGCUGCAACAAGUCCCGUAGAGAGGGUGUUCUUCAAAGUCCCGAAACCAAGAAGGACUUCAACAACUGCUUCUCUCUGGCUUCCUUAUCCCCCAACAUGCUGCCUAAAGACUCCAUGAUCAUCGGCAAUAUCUUUGUCACUCAGGAGGAGGUUAGAUGUUCUCAGAGUUUGAAGAACAACGCCAACGGAGACAUCUGUAGGGAGCAGAAUGCAACCACCACAAUAACCAAGAGCACUUACAAUGGAACUGCCAGAGCAAAUCGCCAGGAGUCCCAUCUGGCAUCUGUGGAGAUGCCUUUUUCUGUGGAUAUUGUCACUUCCAGUUCUGCGACGGUUCGUAGCAACGGCAUCAGCAGCGGUGGUACUGCUGCCGUUACAAGUAAGACUUUCACCACUUCUACUACGAUCCCCACCACGGCCUUGAUCGGGGACACCAUCAGACACAACCCUCCGCCAUCCCUCCACUCUCCUCCCGUCCUUUCUGAACAGAACAGCCUAUCGGACUCCUCUUGUUCUUACCAAAGUAGCACAGAUUCGCUUCCUGGAGCGGAGGGGUCCGGAGGAAGACAAGUAAAGACAGGGAGACCCCAAAGCCCAACGGCCAUGGGCAGCUUACAGUCAGCUCCCAGCUCUCCCAAUGAACAACUGGACUCAGAACCCAUUUAUGCACAGAGCACCAAAAUAAAGCGCAGGCCACAAGGAAAUGGGGUGCAGUCCCAUCUUGUGUCCCCAGACCAGACAAAGAACUCAUUGAAAAGCUCUGAGCAUUCAGGAGAGAGUCAGCGGGCCACCAUCACAAUAAUGGCCGCUCACACAGAAGAGAACAGGACUUUCUACCUGAGCAGUCCAGAUUCAGCCAUCAGCACCCAAUGCCACUUCAGCCCCACGGCACGCAAAGACCCCAGCAGUCCGGCUUUCCGCUGGCCCAGCCCUAGCCACAGCCACAGCGCCCCCUCUCUGACCCCAGAAGCCAGCCUUAGCCCAACUCUCUACCCCAAGCCUCAGUCUAGCCCACCCAUUCCCCCGAAAAGGACCACCCGUUCCCCAAAACUGGGCGCCUCCAGCCUCUCACCGGCCAUCUCGUCUCCGGUCCCUCUUCCCGAUCUCUACAGACCGGGCACCUCCAGCCUCUCACCGUCCCUCUCGUCCCCCGUCCCACUUGCCGAUCUCUCCAGACCAGGCACCUCGAGCCUCUCACCGUCCCUCUCGUCCCCCGUCCCUCUUGCCAAUCUCUCCAGACCGGGCAGCUCCGGCCUCUCACCGUCCAUCUCGUCCCCCGUCCCUCUUCCCGAGCUCUCCAGACUGGGCAGCUCCAGCCUCUCACCGUCCACCUCGUCUCCCGUCCCUCUACCUGAACUCCCGAUGCUUUUCCUCGUCUCUGCGAGAGAGGGCCACUUCAAGGUCCAGCCCGAGAACCACAGCGCAGCGGUAACUGAACGCUGGCACAAGCCUCACCACCACAAUUCUGGCUGGAACUGUCGCAUAGAGGAGGAAGAGGAGGAGGACGAGAGGGAGCCAAAAGAGAGGCAGAAGAAGAAGUUGGCUGCCAAACCGUGGACAACAUCUCCGGUGACAAGCUUGGUAAAUGGGGCUGCCGUCUGGAAGGAGGCCAGGGACUCCAAGGCCCAGAGCGGCCCCCCUUCGAUGACAGAGCCAGGCACGGCCCCCCCAGCUGCCCCCAACAAUGGUGCCUGUCAGGGGGAGGGCAAGGGCACCGGUGCAGAGGAGGAAGACAAGCAUAACGGGAGCAUGCCGUCCAAGCAGCCGUUGCACGGUGGCUCAUCGGAGCUGCUGGCAGCAGGAAAGGGAGCUGCCAACAAUGAACCCAACGCACCACCUCCCCCACCCAAGAAACUGCACAGAGUUUCUAGCAAGAUGAGCGGCAGCAGCAUGGAGCUGGAUCGCUGCAGCCGACAGGCGUCGGCGGAGAGCCCUCCUCCAUCCCUCGGGGGUUUGGGCUCCAGCGCUGCUUCCACCGACAACCUGACUGGGGACACUGGCUACCGGGAUGCUGCGCGGCUGUCUUGCUCCUCUCCAUUCUCCCGGAGUCCGGCGGCCUCGGCUCCAGGGUCUCCGCGCCCGCCCUCCCUCCGCGGCUCGGGCACCCAGCCUCCCCCGCUCCCGGAGAAGAAGAUGGUCAACCGCACCGCGUCGGCCCCCGACAGCGCCACGGGACGAGGCUCCGUCCGAGCGUACCCGAGGCUCCCGUUCACCGGCUCGGAGAGCAACGUGUGCCGACCCGCCGCCGACGGCCCCCGCUCCAGUUUGCCGUCCAGCCCUGUCGACCCGCGGCCCGUGUUCUCCUCCAGCGAGUCCCUGGAGCGCGGCCACGCCCCGCUGAGCCGCCCCUCCUGGUCGCGGACGCUGGACGAGCCGCUGAAGACUCCCGGGCGCCUGGGGGCCCACGGUCGAAGCAGCGUCACCUGCUCCUCGUCCCCGCAGCUCAGCGCGCCCUUCUCCUCCUCGGAACCGGGCGCCGCGGCGAACCCGGGCUCCAGCCUGCAGCUCCAGACGCUUCUGAGCAACAUGGACAGCAGGGAAGGCGUGUACUCCAAGCUGGGGGGCCUGUACGCGGAGUCUCUGCGCCGCUUGGCCCUCAAAUGCGAGGAUCACUUCACUCGCUCCCAGAGGAACCCGCUCAGGUUCGAGGAGAGCAACUGGUCGCUGUUCAGGCUCACGUCCAACAAGCCCAGCUGCAACUCAGGAGACGCCGUGUACUACUCCGCCGCCUGCGCCUCCGACCCCAGCAACUCCUACGCCGUGAAGAUCUGCAAGAGCCCAUCCAUGGAGGCCAAACAGGGCCAUCUGUACGGCCUGUCCGUGCUCCAGAGCAUGCCCCCCCACUUCAACCUGCAGCAGGACUGCGGCCACUUUCUGGCCUGCGUCCCCCAGAGCAUGUUGCCCUCCGACGAAGUCUCCCUGCCCGGCACCUCCGCUUCACCGCUGCACCAGCCGCCCGCGCCGGCUCAACAGGCGGAACGGGAGCGGGUGGUGGUCAUCGCCUCGGAGAUCCCUCGGCACACGGCGGCCGACUUUGUCCGGGAGUGGGCGGCGUUCCAUAAAAGCCAGCCAGAGGUGUACGAGCGCCGCGUGUGCUUCCUCCUCCUGCAGCUGUGCCACGGCCUGGAGCACUUGAAGGAGCACGGGGUCACGCAUCGAGACCUCUGCCUGGAGAACCUGCUGUUGGUGCCACAUCUGCCGCGGCCCUCCAAGUUCCCGCAGCAAACCGCCGCCGACAACGGCAGCGGUUCGGGCGGUGCCGAAAGUCAGCGCCACCUCCCCCGGCUUCUCAUCAGCAACUUCGCCAAGUCCAAGCGGCGCUCGCCCGAGGACGCCGCCUCCGCCAGCGUGGACCCUCGCGUCAAACGGGACCACGCCCGGUUGGCGCCCGAGAUUCUCUCGGCAGCACAGUACCGGAAAUUUGACGAGUUCCAGACGGGCAUCUUGAUCUACGAGCUCCUCCACCAGGCCAACCCGUUCGAGGCGAGUCCGGCCCUGAAGGAGCAAGACUACCGCUGCGAAGAGUUGCCCCCGAUCCCUUCGGUGUCCCUGUACUCCGCCGGCCUCCAGAGGCUGGCGCGGCUGCUGCUGCAACCCGACCCCAUCAAGCGCAUCCACAUCCAGGAGGCCAAGCGCGUCCUGCAGAGCCUGCUGUGGGGGCCCAGGAGGGACCUGAUGGAGCAGCAGCGGGAGCGGGGCGGCCAGGGGGUCGGCUUCGUCGCCGGGGCCCGGCACGAGGGCCUCCUGAACUGGCUGGACGUGAAACGGGCCCUGCUGAUGAUGAAGUUCGCCGAGCGCUCGCUGGAGCCCGAGAGGAACGCGGAGCUGGAGGACUGGCUGUGCUGUCAGUACUUCUCCUCGGCCCACCCUCUGUCGCUCUGCCACACGGCCGAGCUGCUCUACUCGCUGAAGUGAUGCCUUUUCCCGGACUCUCCACGCGUGAAGAUUCACGUGUCUUUAAAUGCUCCUGUAACAAAUGGACAAACUAAUAAAAGGAUUCACUCAGCGCCGUGCCGGUGAUACGUCUGUAAAAAAAGGAAGAAUAUGAACAGUGUUCAUAAUCCUGUAAUACACUUACCAAAGUUUCUAUUGUAUUUAUUAAAUAUCAAUUAUGACAUUUUUUUACCCACUGAAAACAGCUUAAUAAUUCAUAGCCGGAUUCUGUCAGCUCGUCAGCUUUGAUAAUAAUGCCGCGUCGUAUCCACGUAAAUGUGCAGCUAACUUUUAAUUUGAGUAGAAAUAUGAGGUCAGUCGCACACUUACACGGUUGUGUUUAUUCACGGGCUCAUAGUGCCGCACUGUAAACAACACAAGUUCCAAUUAAACUUAGAUCAAUCCACAGGAACGUACAUAAUAACGCCUGUUCUUCUACUCGCUUCACAGAGCUCGUUAGACAUCGUUGCAUUCUGGCCACAUCGUUUGAAUUCAUCAUGAGCCAUAGUGUCCAACAACUUGAUAUUGAUCGGCAUCAACUGGUUCUGCCGAACGGAUGUUACUUUCAGUAUGUGUUUAAAUGUUUUUACAUUUGUAACCGUGCCUUUUGUUCUUUGUGUAUGUUUCAGUGGCACAGAAGCCACGUGUAAAUAUUACUGGUCAUUCGUCCUUUGUGAAACUGGCCUUUCACGGAAUGUUCUAGAAACACCCUUUUGUACAGUAAUUUGUAAAUGAUGUUAGAAGAAGAAUGAGCCCAAGCAGGUCUUAAAAAGCCAUGAAUAUGAACAGGAGUUUAAAAAAUAUAUAUUUAUGAUACAAUUUGCUAUCCUGUAAACGCCACUGGAAUUUCUCUGUUUAUUUUUUAUAUGUGGAUUAUCAAGUUAUUUGGGUUUUCUUUUGGCGCUGCAGCAGCUGGGCCUGUUUUUAGCCUCCUGCGACCUUCAACUUCCUGAGUAUUUUAUCUUCAACAGAGGAAUUCUUAAUAAAGACAAGAAUUUAACAGCCUGCCCCAGUUUUUAGUCCAUGACUCACUGGCGUUUCUGAUGUUGUAGCGAGAGAGAAAAACAUCCAGUCAGAUCUCAUACAUUAUUCUUUUUGAUUAUUUUGUGUGUGCCUCACCUAUUUGCAACUAUCAAUAAACUGUGCAUAUAUUUUCUCACAGUGUUA